AUGGCGCAUUUGUUCAGUCGAUGUACAACACGGUCUUUUCUUGGUUUACGGUAUUAUCAAACAUCGCUUCUACCUGACGGUGCAAAGGCUUUCAUCAACGGUCAAUGGACUAAUGCAUUAUUAAGCGCCACGUUUCAAGUAUCAAAUCCGUAUAAUAAUGAAAUCAUAUGCCAAUGCACCAAUUGCGAUGUACUCGAUGCUGAAAAAGCAAGUCAUAUACCAUCUGUGAAAGCGGCACGAGAAGCCUACGGUGCAUGGUCAUUAUCCACAACCGCUAAGGAACGUGGUGGAAUACUAGAAAACUGGCACUACAAAAUGUUGGAAAAGCAGAAUGAGUUGGCCGAAUUGAUUACUCUUGAAGAAGGUAAACCACUAGAAGAAGCACGCAGUGAAAUUGUUUAUUCAGCAUCGUUUUUGAAAUGGUUUGGCGAAGAAGCUCGACGGAUAUAUGGACAGAUCGUUAAGCCUACAUCGACACAUCGAAUGCAUUUGCAUACUCGUGAACCGAUUGGUAUCGUUGGAAUUAUUACACCUUGGAACUUCCCGUCGGCAAUGAUAACUCGAAAAGCAGCAGCAGCGUUAGCGAUUGGUUGCACGGUGGUUGUGAAGCCUGCCGAAGACACACCACUUUCAGCGCUAGCUCUUGCACAGACAGCUAAGGAAGCUGGUCUUCCAGACGGUGUCUUCAAUGUUAUCCCAGCCGAUUUAAAAAAUACGAUGCGAAUAUCAAAAUUCUUAUGUGAAUCGACCGACAUCGAUGCAAUUUCAUUUACGGGAAGCACUGAAGUAGGAAAACUUUUGCUUUCACAGUCGGCUACCACGGUGAAACGAGUGUGUCUGGAAUUAGGUGGUAACGCACCGUUUAUCGUAUUCCCUUCUGCUCAUCUCUCAACAGCAGUUCAGGGAACGAUGACGUCAAAAUUUCGAGGUUCAGGGCAGACUUGUAUAUCUCCAAAUCGUUUUUAUGUACAUUCUUCGAUUUAUAAUUCAUAUGUUGAAAAAAUUAAGCAUGCGAUGGCGAAAUUGGUUACUGGAGAUGGUAUGCAACCGAAUGUUACUCAAGGACCUCUCAUAAAUGAAAAGGCUAUACAAAAAGUCGAAAAACUCUUAUCGAAUGCCAUUCAAAAAGGAGCACGUGUAUUGCUGGGUGGGAAGCGUAUUCCUCGAAGCACCUGUUUCAAACCAACGUUGCUGACCAACGUAACCAGUGAUAUGGAUAUUGCCCGUACCGAAAUAUUUGGUCCUGUUCUUGCUAUCCAAAAGUUCGAAACGGAAGACGAGGUUUUGGCACUCGCAAACGGCUGCAGAACUGGCUUAGCUGGUUACAUCUUAUAAAAUAAACUUGAAGGUUAUAUAUUCACGACGGACUAUGCUCAGAUAUUGCGUGUUAGUCGCAAUUUAGAGGUUGGAAUUAUCGGUGUCAAUGAAGGACUAGUAUCGUGCGCGGAAGCAGCUUUCGGUGGAAUGAAGGAAAGCGGUUUGGGUCGUGAAGGCGGCUCACAAGGUAUAGAUGAAUUCUCGCAAUGGAAAUAUGUCUGCAUCGGAUUUUAG